UUACAUUUGAUAACAAUUAAUAUCCAUUUACAAGGAAGUAGUGCUAACAAAUAUAUGUAAAUGUAUAUACAUACGAACAUAUAUACAUAUAUGUAUAAUCAGCUGAUCUCAUAAAAAUCAAAUAAAGAAAUUUGUGCAAUUUUUAACAGUUUCUAAGGACGAAAAAAGACACGCUGAGACGUAAUUAAAAAUGACGGAAACUGAAUCUGAACCUGUCUCCUUAGCAGCAGAAAAAGAAAACACGAAAAUUUGCAUUUUAUUGAAUGCUACGGGGAAUGUACCAAUUAUUAAGAAACGAACUUGGACGGUAGACCCAUACAAGACUGUCAGUUGGAUACAAAAAUUUAUACAUAAAUAUUUGAAAUUGGAUGCCAGUGAGCAAAUUUUUUUAUAUGUUAACCAAACAUUUGCACCUCCUCCGGAUCAGAUAAUAAAAAAUCUCUAUGAUUGCCAUGGCACCAAUGGUAAAUUGGUCUUAUAUUACUGUAAAAAUCAAGCGUGGGGAUAAAGUGAUAACACAUUAAAGAUUAUGCCCUUUUAUACUUAAAUUCAUUUUGUUCAGAUUGUAACAGUAAUAAAAAGUACAAUAGAUAAGACACGACAGCAAUGCGGUAAAGGAAUCAACAUGCUUAAGCAGUAUCGCCGUCAUAUAAAACAAGUAUCGAUUUCUACAUAUUUUAAGCAUUAACAGUAAGAGUUGGAGAGACGCGCAAGCAUGAGUAAAUCAAUGCCCAAUAUAAUUAUAUGAUAUAAAAAAUACAUCAUAUUCUAUAUCAACUGGUAUACCCUCGCAGAAGUAAUUUUCAUAUAUUCUCGAAAAAACCAUAUAAAGAAAUUUUCGCCGUUUUCAAUAGUUUUCAAAAAUAAAAAAAUAAGUUGUGACAGAAACUAAGUCUGAAUUUUUGGCAGCAAAGAAAGAGAGUACAAAAGCUUAAAUUCUUAAAAGGCGAGAAAAUAAAGAAGUUAAAAUUGAUUUUAUAUUGUCAAAAUCAAUAGUGGGGACAAAGUCAUAACAAGCUACAUUUUAUGUGUUGUAUCUCAUGUCUUCUUUCCAAUUUAUGUAAUCGGGUUAGUUUAAAAGAUUUAACUCUUAAAUAAAUUAUCUUUAAGUUAUAACACUU